GAGAGAUAACUUAUCCUCCAGCACUUCUUUCCGAUACACACAGAACACGAUGGUCGCUGGCGUACACAUUCACGCUAAAAGCCAAGGCCAAGCCACCUCCGAGAUCCUCACUGAGGGUGCUCUGACAUUCCUUGCUGCUCUGCACCGGUCCUUCGAGGCGACGCGUCAGGACUUACUGAUCGCGCGAGAGAUAGCACAGCAGAGGCUCGACUCGGGCAUUCCACUCGAUUUCCCUCCAGAGACAGCACACAUCCGUGCCGAUCCAACAUGGAUUUGUGCCCCUCCAGCCCCAGGCUUAGAGGACAGGCGCGUUGAGAUCACUGGCCCUCCUGACCGCAAAAUGGUCAUCAAUGCGCUCAACAGUGGUGCGAAAACCUUCAUGGCAGACUUUGAAGACUCGUGCUCUCCGACAUUUGCGAACCUGAUUAACGGUCAAGUUAACUUGCGCGAUGCAAUUCGGAGACAGAUUGACUUUGAGACUGGUGGAAAGCAGUACAAGCUUAAAGAGAAUCCCGCUGUACUUAUCGUUCGACCAAGAGGAUGGCACUUGAACGAAGCUCGCGUCACUGUUGACAACAGACCGGUUUCUGCGUCCUUAUUCGACUUUGCUCUCUACUUCUACCAUAAUGCGAAGGAACUCGUUGCACGCGGUUCCGGCCCGUAUUUCUAUCUUCCGAAAAUGGAGCACUAUCUUGAAGCUCGCCUCUGGAACGAUGUUUUCCUCUUCUCUCAGUCUUACAUUGGCAUGCAACACAACAUAAUCCGUGCGACCGUGCUGAUCGAAACUCUACCCGCUGCUUUCCAGAUGGAGGAGAUUUUAUUCGAGUUGAGGAACCAUUCAGCGGGACUGAACUGUGGUCGAUGGGACUACAUUUUCUCGUUCAUUAAGAAGCGAAGGGCCGACCGCAGCGCUGUCCUUCCCGACAGAAAAGACGUAACAAUGGAGGUCGGGUUUAUGGAUGCUUAUGUCCGACUUCUGAUCAAGACCUGCCAUAAGCGAAAAGUUGCUGCUAUGGGCGGUAUGUCCGCGCAGAUCCCAAUUAAGGGUGAUGCGCAGGCGAAUGAGGUUGCAAUGAACAAGGUCAAGGCUGAUAAGCUCCGUGAAGUUACUUAUGGCCAUGAUGGAACCUGGAUUGCACACCCUCUCAUCAACGAAAUUGCUUUGCGGAUUUUCAACGAGCAUAUGCCUGGUGCAAACCAAUAUCACGUCCGUCGCGAAGAAUUCCAGGUUUCAGCGGCUGACCUAUUGAACUCAAAGGUGAAGGGCGCGAUCACCGCUGAAGGUGUAAAGAGCAACGUCAGUGCCGCUCUUGCUUACUGCUCCGGCUGGAUUAGUGGGAACGGGUGCAUCCCAUUGAACUAUUUGAUGGAGGAUGCAGCAACCGCAGAGAUCGCGCGCGCGCAACUCUGGCAAUGGUGCCACCACAAUGCACGUCUCGACUCGGGCCAACCCGUAACGCCUGUGUUGAUUGACGCUGUCAUCGCUGAGGUCGCAUCGACGAUUCCCAAGCUCGUACCAGGUGUGACUGACGAGCACGUCAAAGUAACGAGCGAAUAUUUGAAGGCGCAAGUACGGAAGACAUGGUUGAGCGACUUCUUGACGAGCGACCUGAUGUACUACCUUGAGGCUGCGGACGGCGUUGAAACGACCUGGCAGCGCGCGCAGCUUUGAAGGGGGUAAUAGUUAUUAUGGACACGUCUGCAUGCAGCUUCACGGUUUCUUUAUCAGUCAGUCAUUUUGUACAGUAACAAACUCAACAUGAAUAUCAUGUUCUUUUGUAAUACAUUUGCGGAUUCUGUCUAUUUUUAUGGGUGACUUUAAGCCUUUGAGACCGUUACUUUGGCGCCAUGCUUCAUGAUACGGCUGUACGGGCAGAACUCAUGUGCAGCCUGGAUAAGCGAUUCGUCUGGAACACCUUCGACCUUGAUAUCAACGUUGACACCGAAACCUUCCAUACCCUCUGGGACACCGAGAUGCACAGCAGUGUGGAUCUUUGCGUUCGCUGCGAGGUCUCUUUUGCCGGCUUUUGCGGCGACGAGCUGGAGGGCGCCGAGGAAGCAGGAGGCGUAACCCAUAGCGAAGAGCUGUUCAGGAUUCUGUCCAUCACCAGCUCCACCAAGACUUUUAGGUGUAGACAACUUUAAAGCAAGCGGUGCUUGUGCGUCGCCCAAUGACUUGACAGUACCGUUACGGCCUGCACCUUCCGCUAGUGCUUCAGCGGUAUACUUCUUUUCUGCGAGCGUAAUGAUGGUUCGGCUUUGAAUGCAUGCUGGCGCUACUAGACGUGCCGUAGAUAGAGAAGGAAGACGGCGAGAUUGCUGGAAUACGGCUCUGAGCAUGUUGUGCCGUUUUCACUAAUUGCAACGGUUCUGAGAGUCCGUC